CGAUUCUCCUUCUACAACAAUGCAGUCAUACCGCAUUGCAUAUUUAGUUGCUGCAGUGUAUCCUCAGUGUUCAGCCCGAUAAAUGCUUCUCCCAGUCAGGCUGAGAAAAGAUCCUCUCCUCCUUGUUCUGCAUUCCAUAUUUACCUGGGUAUAACAGCUUGAUUAACCCUAUUGAAUUGAUGCUGUGAUACCCCCAAGACAUCCCAACAGCCCACACACACACACACACACACACACACAGUUGCAUUCUUCUACAUUCUGGAAAUAUGAGAAGAACAAAGAAAUGAAUGAGAAUGAACCAUGAACCACAGCUCUAUACACCUUCUUUCUUUUUGCAAUGCAAAUGGACACAGUAGCCUUGACUGGCUUGGCCGGGGUCGUAUCCAAUACUGCAUCAUAAUGCCUUGAGAUGACAAGCAUAAUAAGGCUGCUGACCAUGGUAAAAGACAGUGCUCUGCUUUCUGCUUCCAUCACUUCUACUCGGACAAGGGCUAUAUGCUAUAUGCAAUCUGUCAGUCGCAUAUCAAACUGUGGUCACAUUGCUCAGGGUCCGAGUUGCGGUGUGUAUGCAGAGAUAUGUGUGUGUGUGUGUGUGUGUGUGUGUUCAGGACAUGAGCAUGAGCGAUUGACGAUGAUAUGCUUUGCUUUCUCACGAUCCUCUUGGACAUGCUCAUGCUGUGCCUACGAUGCAAUUCCCUAGGAUCGCACAGUUGCUGCUGGAGCCAGCCAAGUUGUAUCCGCAAAUCUCGGUCUGUCAAAAUGUUUCUCUGAACUGUUCACCAGAGCCCAAGCGGAUCUUGGGGGGGGACAGGCCGUUGCAUUGCUUCUUCCCUUAAUCUCCCUCCCUUAUAUCUUAUAUUUAUGUACUACUUUUAAUCUCGAGAUUUAAAAUGCUUUAUAUCUUCUUUCCAAUCUGUCUGGCCGAGACAAAUUAGAGUUGCUCUCAUUCCGCCGUUUGUAUGUCUGAGCUGGAUUGGAGUGAUAGAUUCCGUGCAGUCACUUCUUCAUACUUCCCGUCCCGUCCAUCCUAUUGUUCUUCGCCCGCAAUCAUUGAUAGCGUUGAUAUUGUCCUGCGAGCUUCACAUCCGCCCUACAUCCCACGAUUCUUCUUCUGGUCUCUUAUUUGGCGAUUGAUUGAUCCAUCUCCAACGGCUUCAGGGUGGAGCCUCCAGGUAUAUUAACACCCUUGCCGAAACGCUAUUUUUAUUUUUAUUAUUUUUAUUUUUUAACUUGUGUUCAAAGCCACCGGGCCGGGUGGUGUAUUCUCCCUGUUUGUAUUACUCCUCCUGAAGAACCUUCUCUGCUGUCUCUCCCUUCACUCAUGCAGAUUGUUCUCUCCAUCUCAAUGCCUCGUGUAGAUAUACACACAAGGCCUAGGCACAAUAGUCCUCGUCGGUUGUUUGUUGCCGGCUAUAUUAUGCCCGACGUGCUCAAUGCCCUGCUGCCUCUGUCUCUAGCAUUGUUGUGGCUGCCUUUCACUCCUUGUGGUGAUGGAGAGCAUGCCUGAUUGUAUAUAAAUAUCUCUACCGAGUAGCAGCAACUUCUCUUUCUUAUUUGUUCAUGUCAUAUCUCAUACUCAACCCUGUUCUCGUUCGUGUCUCUCUAUCAUCUCUCUCGCUUGUCUCCCUCCUAUUAAGUUGAUAAGUUGAUCAGAUCAUCAGCUCCCUCGGUUCUCGGCUUCAUAGAUUCAUUCCCCAUCCGUUAACUCCUACGCGUUGCUCAAGAGUGAUAUCAGCGUAUCUCGGUAAUGGCGUCUUCAUUCGAUCCGUUCGACCAGAACGUGGUCUUCCACCAGGCCGACAUGACCCCUUUCAACGUAUCGAUCCAUGACCUGGAUGAUUUCGUGCAGUACGGAACUAGAGUCUGCAUCAACUACGCCUCUCAGCUCGGGGCGUCUGUCAUUGCGAUCAUCAUGUUGGCUCUCCUGACACAGUCGGAGAAACGUCGGUUGCCUGUCUUCUCCCUCAACAUAUCUGCACUGAUUAUGAACUUCGCCCGCCUGCUCUGCAUGACCAUCUACUUCACUACGGGAUUCAACAACCCCUAUGCCUUCUUCAGCGGGGAUUAUUCUCGAGUCCCUGGCAGUGCCUACGCGGAUUCCAUCUUGGGAAUCGUCUUCACUACUAUUCUGGUGAUUUGCAUGGAAACGUCCCUGGUCAUCCAAACUCAAGUCGUGUGCGCGACCCUUCCGGAAAUUCAACGAUACCUGCUCCUGGGUGUGUCUCUCGUUAUCGCACUGCUGGCUAUUGGAUUCCGAAUGGGCUUGAUGGUUGAGAAUUGCAUUGCCAUUAUGAAUGCCUCGAAUUUUGCCCCUUUUAUCUGGCUCCAGAGUGCCUCGAACAUCACCAUUACCAUGAGCACAUGUUUCUUCAGCGCUAUCUUUGUCGCCAAAUUGGGGUAUGCCCUCGUUACUCGCAGGCGACUGGGCAUGACAAGAUUCGGAGCGAUGCAGGUGAUGUUCAUCAUGUCCUGUCAAACGAUGGUGAUUCCAGCCAUUUUCUCAAUCAUCCAAUAUCCGUUUCCAGGCUACGAAAUGAACUCCAACCUUCUCACGCUCGUGGCCGUUUUCCUCCCCCUUUCAUCGCUGUGGGCUGCAGCAGCGACGAAAAGCAGUUUCGAAACUCUAAAUUCCGGCCCGCAUCAGUACCUCUGGUCAAGCGAACGUAGCAAUAGCACCAGCUCCGCGACCAGGCACCCCGGCAGCUUUUCUCAGAACCAGGCGACACUUCGAUCCGGAGGCUCUGUUGCCACGACUCUCUCACCCGACCAACUUGACCGCUUAUAUACCGAUCUUGAUGUUAGCGUUAAAGCUUGAAUGGAGCGGCUCCUGUAUAUCGGAAUACAUCCAUUCUCUCACUUUGUUUAUAUUUUAUCCGCGCACACACGUAAUGUAUGUAUGUACAUGGGUUCGCUUGACUAUUGUGCUUUUUCAUAGCUGAUUGCUAUAUCGAGGGAAAGCAAGGUUUUGUUCUCAGUGGCUCAUCAUUUAGUAGUAUCCAUGCUUUGUCCAAACUCUCCUUUUUCUACUUAUUAUUGCGUGCUUCUGAUUGGAGGAUAAAUUACUCCUCGCCGUUGUUGUUUGAUAUCCCCCUCUUUAGGUAUUGUGCAUUUAUGGAGUUAUUACUGUGUGUCUUUUUUCCAUUUAUCUAGCCACGAGUAGUAUGCAUUCUUCAACUGUCUACAGCCUACUAGUCUGCAACAAAAAUAAAAUCUUGAUAGUUGAGAACAAUAUCAAAAGUAUUCACCGUGCAUCCAGCAUUGUUCCAAGUUUCCCUUUAUUAUUUAAUCAAGGUUGUUUGUUAGUUCUUGC